AUGUUUGAAGAUAAGAUCAUCCAGCUGUUGAACAAUGUCUUUGAUUCCUAUAUUGAAGGUAUUGAUCAAAGUAAACUAGCACAGAUGAACCUUUUGGGAGGAAAAAUAGUUUUGAACGGCCUACACCUAAGACCAGAUAUUUUCGAUAUUUUAGAACUCCCCUUUCAUCUAACCUUUGGAUUUCUUGGUUCUGUUGUCAUAAAAAUUCAAAUCCCAAUUAUUUCACUGUCGAGAAAAAAUCUUAGUUUGGAUAUAUCGGACCUACUCCUCCUUAUGACGACGAAACCAGAAAGCCAAUGGGACCCAGAAGAAUACAGAGAUGAAUACCUGUCAACGAAAAUCGCUAUACUUUCAGCAGAAAGCUUAGAACUACUAGUAAACCAACUUGAGGGACAAGGAUUCAUGUGGAAUACAGUACUGUCAUUCCUGGAUACUUUGGAAGUGACCAUACAUAACAUCCACUUCAGAGUUGAGGACUACACAACAAAUAACAAUGUAGCAUACGCGUUCGGAAUGGUAGUCAAAAACGCAUUCUUCAAAUUAAACCUGGACAAUUCCAACGAAAUUGACAUCGAUUUUCCAUUUCAGAGCCUUUUUACAAAUGACGGAAAACUACCUCAAUCAAUUAAGCACAGAACCAUUGAUUUGGAAGGAUUUGGAAUGUAUAUAGACCAACUGGACCCGUUGUCACAUCUUAAACAUGCAGCCAAAAAUAUAGAAACGAUAAAUUUAAAUGACAUUGAGUGUGAUAUAAAUGAAACAGAAAAUGAUGAACAUAACAAAAAUGAGUCAUAUCUAAUCAGACUGAGCAAGACAUUUAAAAGAAAUAGAAGACGGACAUAUUUCUCGAAAUUGUUUAAUAGAUCCUCAGAAAGCUUUUCAGAAUACCGUGAUAAAUUUGAAAAAUAUCAAGACAAUUCUGGAAAGGAAAAAGUACGAAAGGUAAUUAAGCACACAAACCAUGUAUACACUAAACUAUUUUCUAGUGUGUUGGAUUAUUUAGUCACAACAAAGCAUUCUAUUAACUGCAGUCAGUUCGAAGAAGUGGAAUUAGAUCAAGAUAAUUUUAAUAAUACAGUCUGGGAUAAGUCAAAUAAUGUACAAUAUAACACCAGUAUCCCCAACAAAUAUAUGAGGACAAUCCGAAAAUCAAGGACUCCAAACGCUACUGAUAAAGUUAAUUUACUUAAAAAGAGGAAGAAGACGUUUGGCAGAUCGAGCUUUAAACCAUAUAGGUCGGACCAGGAUUUCUUUAUAACAAACUUUCUUAAAAACGGUUCCGGACUUGAAUCUACAGGAAAAUCGGGAAAAGAAACUAGUGAUAAUAAAAGAAAAGUUAUCGUUAGUAACAGCUGGAGAAUACACCUGUCAAAAUUCUGUAAAAUAAGAGAAAAAGAUGAAAAGUCCACUAAGUCUUCGUCUGAAAUGAUAAACAAUGCGUUAAGAAGACGAAGCCAAAAUGCAUACUUUGACCCCAAUUUCUCAGCUUUUGAUGAUGUAGAUGAAGGUUCUAAAACACAAGAUUCUAAACCAAAUGAUAAAGAAAGUUCAACUGUGAAUCCAAAUGAAGAUAAUUUGGAAGUUGAGGAAAUUUUGUUAGGCCUUGAAAAAAGACUCGAACUAUUAUCUAACCAACCAACACCAAAGGAGAAUAAUGAUCCAUCUAAACUUAAAAUAAAAGAUGAGUCGACUAAAACUUCAGAAAAUGGUGUAGAAGCUCCAAAAGUCGUUAAAAUGGAAUCUUUAAGAUCAAGUACUAAUUUAGAAAGUUUAACCGAUGAGGGUCAUGAAUCCGAAGUCGAGGAACUUAUAGAUAAUGAUUAUUCUGAAGAAGAGUUAACAGAAUCUGAAUAUUCUGAUGGUGAUGGAGAUGAAGAUGAGGAAUAUGAACACUCUGAAGAGGAAGAAGAAGUCGUUGAGUCUGAAACUGAUGAUAAUGAAGUUCAAACACCUGAAAGAACCAUUAAUUUCGAGUCUAAAGUUAUUGAAACUGAAAGAAACUUGGAUACACCAACAACAGUUGAUACAAGUAGUAAUUUUGAUGAUCCAUUUUUAUACGAUAAUGAAGAGUGGACAUGUAUUACAUACGUACUAAAAAGUGGCCAUAAGGAACAAAUAGAUCUUUUUAUAGAGGGAUUAAAAGGACUAGAACAUAACUACAUUUUGAAUACGAGAGAUUUCAAGGGGCUCGGUUCGUUCUUUUUCUGUACAUACCCAGUUCUUCCUACCAAAAAGUACACAUCCAGCUUAUCAGAGUGGGGAUCGAAGUACGGAAGAGCGUCAACAGUGAAAAACGAAUAUCUCCCAAUGUGUACAGUGUUCUUGGUAUUCGAGGACGUUAAUAUCAUCAUGUCUAAGGAACAAAUUGAAUGUGUAUUUAACCUCAUUAACCAUAACGUUUUCAAAUUUACUUAUUGGAUCUCAGGAAUUGCAUACAGUUUUGAAGACCCAAGAGCCAGCCCAGAAAACGAACAACUAUAUAUGGAAUAUUGGCCACAGUUUUUGUUGUCGAACCCGAAUGAAGAGAACCCAUAUGAAAUAAAGGAAGAAGAAAAUAAAACUAAUCGUUCCUCAGCAAUUGAACAGAUCUUAUAUAGAGAAGACUCAACAUUAACCACGGAUAGAACAAACAAAGUAUUGACGGGAAAAGCACUAAGUCUAUUUAUAUCUGAUUUCGAAAUCUUGCACUCAUACCAGGCAAUAAGAGUAUUGAGAAGUAGAGCAACAUAUGGUUUGAGCAAACUUAUAAGUGGAUACACCAAGAGCUCAUUGUUUAGGAAGUUGGGCACUAAUAUAAACGAGUGUAUAACUAACGCUUUUUUCGCAAACAUCUGCUCAUCAUUCAACACCGUCGAUUCAAGUAAAUCAGGACAGACAAAAUCAAAGAUAAGAGAAAGACUCAAAUUCGUUGAAGGAAUGUAUGAAAUCGUGUCAAAACAAGUCAUUCAUGGAGAAAUGAUAAACUCACUGAAGAAGAUAUCAACACAACAUACAUUCACAGUGGACUUGGCAGUGGAUGUGCUUUUCAUAAACUCCAGAAUCAUAGUAACAAAUAAUAUGCACACUUCAUCAGAUAAAACGAAUGUAAAGGGAUAUAUAUUGUCAGCAAGUGGAUUGCAUAUAUUUUACCAGGAUACAUUUGGGCGUGACGGGAGUCAGUUCAUAGAAUUUGAAGUUUCUCCAUUCACAGUGUUCUCACUUGAAAUAUCAGUAAAAGAUGUUAAUGACUAUAUAACAGGACCAACUGAACUGGAAGGAGUUAUAACAAACGAAGAUGAUUCAUAUGAAAGCAAGUGCAUAUGCGAUAUUCUGACAGGAACUCCAUGUAUACUUCUUACAUGUGGUGAUUGUAAUGUGGAACCCCUGAAAAGAGGCAAAAAGAAUAUCAUUUCACUGUUUCUGGGAGAUGAAGAUCAAAAAAAUUUCCUGCCUCCAGUGUUCUACAUGUCAGUGGAUUAUGAACAUUUUAGACUACCGGAAACCUCAGAUAUCAGGUUCCGGUUCCACAUGGACUCAGAUCUUUUUAUGCAUUUCCCAAUCAUAGAUGAAUUGAACCAUAUUCUGAGAAUAUAUAAGUAUAACAUGGAUAGAUAUUCCUCAACGUGUCCAAUUAUCAUCGAUGAUAAAGUAAGAAGACAAGAAUACUUGUCAAAGGAGGACUCAGUAGUGUAUGAAUUGGUGGAUUUGGGAAUAGAAUACCAAAGAAUUAUACUAGAAGGUUCAGUCUCGUAUUUAAACUACGAUUUCAAUAUUGACAUUGACAAGGGAAUAUUUCUGAUGUUUGACGUUAAUUUAAGGGGAUCCUACUUCACAUAUUCAGUGAGUCUGGACGUAUUAACAGUUAAGACGAUAACGAGAAGUAUUGUGAACCAAAUAUCGAGAAACUCAAGUAUUUACACGACAGAGUCCUCAGACACGAAUUCCUUAGAUACAGAAGGUUCAGUGUAUUCAGAUACAGUUCACGAUGGGAACUGUUUAAACAAUGGAUUUAACAUGCUGAGAAGCAAAAAAACAUAUUAUUUCGGACCAAGUCCGCAAGUAGACUAUUACAAAAAUUUCAAAGAUAAUGAAAAUUUCAGAGAAUGCAACCCAGGAUAUGAACAGAAUAACCAGAAUGAUUAUGAUACCCUUAACUAUAAUACUUUGAAUAAUUAUAUAAGCUUGUAUUCAAAUAAUUACGCAGAAGAGUUGGAACAGGAUGGAUAUGACCUGCACUUCUGCUCAAUAUCAGGAUUUAAAGUGGACUGCUUGAACAGCGUCAUAAUACUAAACGAACGUAGCGUGUACAUGGGUAAAAAAUGCAGUAUAUCACUAAACAACUAUCUCAAGUCCGUCUUGAGAAUAAAGACAAAGUACCUAGAUAAAAUAGGUAAUAUGAGAGGAUUCAUGAAGUACUUUGAAAAUAAAGUCAAUAUCCUAAAAAUAGACAGAGAUGUUAAAUUAGUAGUCAAAACUUUGACAAACCUAGUCCCGCAAAAUAACCCAAACCUAAUAGCAUCACUAGAUAUAGGAAGCAUAUAUAUAAGCCUGAGAGAUGUGGAUAUGGUAGGGUUAAUCUGUUCACUAUCAGAUUAUAAGCAGAUUAUAUUAAAGUACGCAAUAAAGCUGGAUGUAGUUUCCGAACAGGAUAUCAAGUCGAAUGAUCGGAAUUAUAAAAAAUUCGUAAACAAAUACCACAACAACAAUUAUAUAAAGAAGUUGAAGGCGAAAAAAAGCGAUGCAGACUAUUUUGAAGACGUAAUGUUAAAUGCAUACUAUAACUGGAACCUCUUGCAAGAAUCACAGAUGAGCAAGAGAACUAAGGGCUUCAUUAAGUAUGAAAUUAAAAUGAACUUCCUUAAUCUGACCUUUAAAAGACUUAUAACAUUUAACACCAAGAACAGUUAUUACAAGACAAGUGAAAGUGGAAAGUAUUCUAGAAAAGGAUCUUCAAGAGAAACACAAGAUGAGGUUGGGAAUGAGAAAGAAAGUUCAGUAUCAACGAGUCGUGAUAGUACAAAUAAAAUAAUGAGCACUAGCUAUAGCACCAGAGAGGGAGAUACUUUUCUUGAUUUCUCUAAAAUGGAAGAUUAUGUUAAGUUUUACGGGAUCUCAACCCCGCUGUUCAGCAUAAAACUGACAGGUUUCGGGUUUAAAGUUGGCUUUUUAGAUACCAAAAUUGAGAGAAUAUGCUCAUAUAUCGGUUCUAUGGAAGUGGAAGAUCAGUCUAACUGUGUGCCAUUGUACAUGUCGACGUUGUUUUCAGGAGGAAACACAACAAUGAUGUGGUCAUGGCUUAAAGUUAAGAGGCAGUAUGACGAAUUUAAGUCUAGUUUAAGAAUGAGCAGAAAUGCCAUGAAUAGAAGGUCAAACACAGUCAGUGAGACAGUGUACAACUACUACAAACGAGUUCAGAGGUAUAUUAAUGCAACAAUGGAUUUCGAUGCACACUCCCAUAACCACAUCUACAACGUGGAUGACCAGGAGAAUCUGGAGCGUAUAAUGGACGAGUUGACCAACAUAAAGAAAAAUAAAAAACAGUUGUCUCAAGUAGAUUUGGAAGAAAUGUACCUUUUUGAUACUAAAUCGUGCACGACGACGAAGUCUCACCUCACGGGAACGGCCUCAUUUAGUUGUUCAGCCAGUGAUAUUGCCGAAACUUCAGUGAGUAAAAUAAUAGAAGAGUAUAAAGAUGAUUAUGAGGACCCAGGUGAUAAUGAGUGUGAUGAAGAAGGAGCAGAGUCUGGUGAAAGUAAAAAGGAUGGGUCUAUUCUGAAUUACGAACCAUUGAAGCUAUUUUUUGGGGGGUGCCCUUGUUUUGUAAGUUUAUCUCUAAUAUCCGGCACAACAAGGAACUGUAGCAUAUACGUGUCAAGCUCGAUAGUAACAUUACCGCUCGAGAUUAUGGAGUCUAUAACCACAUACCUAAACUCAAUUCACGCAUAUAUAAAGGAUAACAUUAGCAAAAAUAAACCAAACGAAACUCGUCAUAAUGUUUCAAAGGACAGAUAUUAUACAGAUUAUACAGACAACCUGAGUAGCUCUACAUCUACAGACGAUAGUUACACAACUGAAAACUCUGGUAGUUCAUCAAGCUCUUCAAGCUCAACAAGUAGUUCCGGGACAACGAGUGUGACAGGUAGUGUGAAUGUGGAAGAGGAUGACGAAACCAUAGUUGAUCAACCAACUUAUAGCUCAAAUUAUCCAGAUACCACCUCGAAACAAAAAAGUGCAACCCAACAUAAUAAGUUCUAUGAACCUCAGAUUCACUCGGAAAAGACUUUCUCCUUCCACAUCCACGUGGGAAUCAGCUCGUUAAACCUGUUUACAGAGAGCGCCUGGACAGGCUACGGCUACUUCCUCAAAUAUCUCUACCAUAAAACUGUGAAUCUUGGUCCUCAAGAUUCUGUGAAAAGAUCGGAACUUAAGAAACCCAAUAUCAGGAUGAAGACAAUGGCAAGUAGUAGUAAAUCCAGUAUGGAUAGUAAUAAAUCUAGCGUUGAUAGUAAUAAGUCGAGUUCAGAGGCUAGAAAAAUUAAGGAUAAAACGUCUGUGAGAUGGGCAUUUGUGAGGAAUAUAAUACAUGAUAAGAACAGAAAGGCGUACAUGAUAUACCCAAUCACACUUAACAUAACAGGUCAGGGUUCUUUGUACCUGACACACACUAGAGUUAGCCUGCCAAAACAAGAGAAUAAGGAAUCGGAAGAUCAAUCACCAAAUGUGUACAGAAACGCCAAGUUUGACUUGUACUGCAAGAAUAGUAUAGAUAAGCUCUUUGAAGGCUGGUCGCGUUUCAUGCCCUGUGUAUUUGAGGUCAAAUUAAUGUCCAGAAAUGUGUCAAUAAAGAUUACAAGAGAGGCCUCAGGAGUAAUUCUAACACCCUCGGGAUAUACACUAUGCGACGUAUACCUAGAUUUAUCUAACGAAUUUAGAAUAAACAGAGCAAAGUUCAUAAAGUUUAUAAAGAUGAGCCUGAUAUCAGAUAAGAAGUACCAGCCACUUCUAAAUCUAGCCAAAAAUAGCCUAUUCGACAUAACCAACCUGAACACAAGUAAAAUAAUAGACCCAUUUAGAUCAACAUUGACCAUGGUGUUUUAUUUGUACGGAAAUAACAGGAAUAUGUGGUCAAAUCAAAUAAUGCCUCAGUCAGUCUCAGUACACCUUAAGCUGGAGCCUUUGAAUAUAGUAGUCAAUUGCGUAGAUAUGCUGUGUCUUAUUGACUUGUUCGCACUGCUUCUUUCCCUCAUAAAUCUCUACGAACACCAAUACACUCUUGUGCUUCAUGCCUCAGAUAAGUUUCUGAGCCUGUGUAACGAAGAUGAGAAUAAUCGCGAAAAAAUCAGAAUCACCAGCCUCUUUUCAACUUCAUCACAGAUACAAUUGCAAUUGGAGGCAGUUAGUGAUCAGAGUGAAGGUAUGGAAAGAGAUAUGAGUAGGAAAACUAGUGGAUAUGACCGUAAUUCACCAUUAUCAUCGAAGGAGUCUUGGACUAACUUCAGAAGCAUUUCAAGUAACCAAACACAUUCUAGGACUUCGGAUUAUGACUUUGACACACAGUUUGAUUUUGAUCUGUUGAACUCUUACAAUUUUAAAAAGUCACGAGCACCAAGAUCAAACAUUUCGUCUGAUUUGCCGCCUGAUUCUCUGAAUUCUGAUUACAAUAUUAGAAGACAUAGCACAAGUAUUGACGUUCGAAGAGACAGUACAAACGUAGAUGAUGAAAGUUAUGGCUCAAAUACAAUAAUGCGCCAGACCUCAAGCAUCGAAAUCCACAGAAGUUUUAGCUCAGGAUCCCAAGGACGGACAAAUUCACUUAACUAUAGGCCAACCUCAGUUUCAGACAGUUAUUACGAUUGCAAAGAGGACUACGAAAAGUACCAAAAAUACUUGGAGAAGGACGAACUCAUGUCCUCAACGUCUGAAUACGAUGACCAUGAUGAUCAGGGCAUUUUAAUUAGACUGUUGUCGACUGUUAGUAUUGGCUUAUCAGUAGAACUAGAACUGAUCAACUUUGAGCUUUCAAGCGAUGUUAACACUUCUAUGAAGCACGUCUUUGCACUCACGCUUGAGGACACUGGACUUUGGCUAUGGAUCAACAACAUUUUCGACUGUGAAUAUUUGGAAGCCAGAUCUAGGCUCCCGACACUAAAUUUAGGAUAUCAAGAUACUAGAAGGGGCAUUUGGUUUAACGAUCCGCUCCUGAACAAGGUGGACAACUUCCAAAACGUUGGAGAAAUUGAGCGUGAGAAUAACUCAUACUUGGAGCAGUUUUCAGGUAUACUUAGGGGAGGAGUUCUUGAGAUUUCAACCUCAUCGCUUUCUCAUGCAAUGAGGAAAUCCGCCACAAACCUCAUUACGGAUACUCACAUUAUUGUCCAACAUUCACAGGAUGCCACUACCUCUUAUCAAGGUGGUUCGAGCACUGAGUUACCAGAAGGUACCACCACAAGGGUUUCUUCUGUAAACACAUCUUUUGAAGUGAAGGAUCGGAAUUCUGUAAGUUCAAAUAAGGGUAUGUUGAAACCUAGUUGCCCACCUGGUACUAUCUCAUCAGAUAAUUCAAUGCGUGAACCUUUGGUAUUGACUAAGAAGGAUUCUAGAAGAAAAAAUGUAAAAUAUAGUAUAAAAAGUAGAUCUAACCUUGAAGAGAAGCCAGAAAACUUGAUAGGAGUCUCAGAUGAAGAGGAGCCACAUAAGAUAGGCCUUGGAGAUAUUUUACACGUAGAUGAGGUUAUUGACGUUGAGAAAAUACCAUCCAUAUCAUCAUUUAAUAAACUUUUAAGCCCAGAAGAGGAGGAAGAGGAAUUUGAUGGUGAGGACCGUGAAAUUGGCCACUUUUUCAGAGAAAAUGUAAAAAACUUUGUACAGUUUAGAUUUAAAACUAGCGCAACGUUUGAUCUGUGUAAAGAUGGAAAUAGAGAAAUGGCAGUUGAAACGUUCACUGUUAGUCUCGCAGGUUACAAACCCUCACUUGCAUGUAAAUUAUUUUCGAGACUUGAAUCAUCCUGGAUUAACGUCAACGUUACACUGAACGCAGCAGAGUGCUAUUUUGGACUUCUUUCAUACUUCACAGUGAUGCUUAAGUUGAAACAAAUGCUACUGCAGUACUCAAUUGAUGAGUCAAAACUGUUAGACUCAGUUACCAAGUACACAAUUCACGACUACGUGCCGAAAAUAUCAAGUAAAUUCGACACUUCAACAAUUAAUCUGAUUGAACACACAAUAAAACAGUCGAAAGAAUUUUCAGAAUAUACACUGAAGUUAUCAAGGGAGUAUACUGCAUCAAAGUUAAGAGAUUAUUCGGACAGUUUGUCAAGGAUGUCGAAAGAUUCGUCAGAUGGAAUUUUGAGUGAGUUUUAUGAUAAUAAAAUUAUUUUAGAUAAAUUGUCAAUGGAUUUGAGAUUAAGUAAAAUGUUCAUCGACAGCAGACUGAGUAAUCUUACCUCGGCAUUUGAACCUGAGAAUCUGGCUGACCUGUACUGUUUACCUAUCAGCACUAUGACCACCCUAGAGAAUCUUACGAAAUACCUAAUUUACAGAUAUUUCAACGGACUUCUUCAGCCCUCGGGAGUAAUUGACGUCAACUCGGUUAUUUCUAAUCUUUUGAAGACCAUUUCCGACAUUAAUUUCUAUGGCAUUAAGAGGGUUGAGCCACUGUAUUUUUCACAUUUCAAACUUGACCAGGACGCUGGACAAAAACAAUCCAAUAAACAGACAGACCAGAUGGACGAAUUUGACAAAAUCACAGCAAAUAAUGAUAUAUAUAACGUACAAAUUGAACAUAAUGUGGUUCAUGUUGGUCGAUUGGGCCAUUCGAAUGUAUUUGGGAGUCCUUCAACUGAAAACGUAUCAAGUUUCUACAACGACCUAGGAAUACCUAUAUUACUUGCAAUAAAGUCUAAUAUGAUUCAGACAAGUAAUUCUGAAGGACUGCCUGAGAUGAAGAGGAACGUGUCAAGCACAGCAAUUGAUAAGGAAAUGGAAAAUUUGACAGGAGAAGAUACUUAUAGCUGGGUAUUGUUGGGUCCUGGUAAGUCCAUUUGUUUGCCAACUUCACAUUAUGGUGUACUUGAACCCUUUUUAAUAAGAGUCCAAAUCGAUAAUAAAUAUUAUGAAAUCUCAUCAACACAGCUUGAUUUCAAUGAUAAUAACACUCAAAUCAUGUUCAAACUGAUCUUAAAUCCCUUAAUAACUGAGAAUGAUCAUUUAGUUGAUGAGAAUGAUUCACCGAAUGUAGACGAAGAUGGAUCUGCUCAGGAAUUGAACCCGACUGAACCCGGUAAAAACGACGUGAUUUAUGCCAAUGGUUAUAAGAAGAUUGGAUUUGGAAAUAUCCUAAAGGAUUAUUUUAAGAGGAUAGCUGGAAUAAAGGACACUGAAUUCACAUUUCAUUACGCAUAUUUGAUGGUAAGAGUGUCCCAGAAAAUGUCACUUGGAACCUCAAUCACAAUCAACUCCUCAAUAAACAUAUAUUUGUCUUCUGGAAUUUCAGUGGUUAAUAAGUCGAUGCAAAAUUUGGUCAUAUUCCCAACAGUUAAACCACCAAAUAAUAAAAUUGCAUACAGGGACCAAAUUCUUAAAAUUGAAGUUGAAAAGCCCCAAAUUCCAGAAAAACAAAUUGAAAAGUCAUACUUUAGGCACAAAAAAUUCCAUGAAACAGAUAAGAUUUUCAAGCCCAUUUCAGCUCUAACAGACCACAAACUAGUUAAAAUUAUACUUCCAUCUCCUGUGUGUGCAGAUGAACAUAAUUCGGGUGAUAAAGUUGUAGUCCAGGAACAUGAAUCUAAACGUCAGACAAACGACCAGUACAUAAUAUUGAGGGGAAAUGUGAGUGAAGUAAGUAGAGUUUUUAUACCGUUAACUUGGAUAUUAUACGGGAAUAAUACGAUAUGUGUUUCAUUGUUAUCUGACUUUGACAAUAAUUAUGGGAACAUGGAAAUGGAUUCAGCUAGUCCAUCUGAGGCGGGAUUUGACAAAUUUUCAGGUGAUUCCGGGAUAUACUGCGAUGUAUUACUGAGUAAGGAGGCAAGUUUGCACAUUAUAUCCUCGUUUGAGGGACAGAGAAUAAAGGUUCCAGUACCUGGAUUUCAACCAACACUACACCUCGGCCAGUCGUUAAUUAUCUCAGGUGAUUCAUCUUCUGGGAACAAUCCUACGGUAGUAGAUGAUCACUCAAGUCGUACGACUAGUAACCCAUUUAUAAGGUUGGCACAGCUCUCAGUUGAACCUGUAGAACAAAAUGUAGUGACUGAAGCCAAACCUGUGAAGGAGUAUGAAGAGUUUCCCUUGGUCUUGUCCUCAACCUUAACUGAAUUCACAACCGUACACAAGACACAGAUACCGCUGAACCCAAUGAAACACCUUAUCAAACGCUACGAACUAAUCAUAGAAUCUUGUCAGAUUAUCGAAAACAUGCUUCCAUACGACAUUGACAUUUUGGUCCCGGAGCUUUACUCUGCUCUUUCUGCUCCAACAGAAUACUCUCCGAAGGAGUCCGCUCAAAUUCAUAAAUCCCUAAGUUUUGACCAUUUGGAUCUGGAGGAGAUUCAAGAGGAGGAGAACGAGGGGCAUUUCCAUAUUUCUAGGUCAAUAAGUGAUUCAACAGCACAAUUGAUAAGGUCGACCUCAAAGCCCCAGUUUCUGCCUUCAAACCUGAGGAAAAGUUUGAACCUUACUGAUUCAUUUAAACUGGAAAAAGAGUCUCCUUUGGAUACUGGAUUAGGUUAUAACAAACUUGACUUUGUAGGAUAUAGAAGGCAUUUGCCAAUAAAAUCAGGAUCUAUAGUUCACUUGGAGACAUACAUGAAAAGAGCACGAAUUUUAUUCAGGAACUACUGCAGCCACGAAAUCCAGUUCAGGAACGAAAACGUAACCUCAUCGCUGACCUUUGAGAUUAUGACGGAGUCUAUUCAGGAAAAAUUGAGCCAGUUUUUAGGACUAGAUCCAGAAAGUAAGCUCACAGGGUUGCCUAAAAGUUUGACCAUAUCCGUUGAGAUUUCUAGAAAGACAACUCAGCCAUCGAAAGAGAAGACGGGCGUGAUAAAACGUUACCUAGCCUCCUCUCAGAUUGUGUGUAACAUUUACGUAGAUAAAUGGGUGGUUAACUGGUUGGAUUACCCGAUUUUGUUCUCUCGUUCCGACGGAAGAUACGUUCAGUGUUUUGGAGGCAAAUCAUGUUGUUUGGUAUCCCAGGACCUCGCGAACACAGGACUACACCUUGUACUUAGGAAGAAUAACCUGAAGAUGAUACACGGAUAUGAUAUGUAUCCAACCAACCCUCGCAGACGAGCCCUUUUCAGGUUAACCUCACCACAGCACCUUAUCAGUGACAAGUUUAUGGUCCCUGACCUCACAUUCAGCCCAUGCUCUAUCAAGGAUAACAGAGAGUUUCCAAACCUGCAUUACUUGGUGGCCACCUCUAUCUCACCAACACCCUUCUUUAGGACUGUGGUAAUAGAGAUUUUGCCCCAGGUCACAAUCACGAACCACUUUGACCUUGACAUUUGGAUUCGCGAGUACAUGACUGGGAAAACUGUUAAAAGUGCUGUUAAGAGAAGAGGAAUUAUGUCAAAGAUUUACACUAUGGUCAACCUGUUUGUUCACAAGAUGCACAUCAACAAACUAAUCCUAGAUUCAAGAAACUAUAAACGUACACGUAAAAAAGGAAAGGCGGACCGACGUGAUAGGAGAUCCCGUAAGACACACAAGAGUUCUGCUUUGGGUGUUUCCGACUAUACCGCAGGCUGUUGGAUAAAGAUUGAUAGUGGAAUGACAGUGGAGUUCCACCCUCAGAAUAAAGGGGAGUUUCACGUUCAGGUCACUGGAAUCAACCCAAUUCACUUUACGAAAUCGAGUGUCACAAAGUUCUGGUCCUCGCCGCUCCUAAUUAAACCUUCGUCAUCAACGCAGUUCCGCUAUCCUCAGACGAUCCAUAAGUAUGCCCUUAACGUUGCGACCCCCAACCCGGCCCCACCCUCGAACAAAAUCGAAAGUAAUAUGGUCAAGUAUGGCCUAUGCGAGCUUGAGACUCUAGUUCACAAAGGCUGUAAGAUGGUAAGGUUUUCGAGCCCGACCAAACCGGAGUGGGUAAUUAUAAAUUCGACUGGUCUUAAUCUUUACAUCCAACAGCUUGGCAUACUCUCCCACGGCGAAAUUUUGUAUCCGACCCAUGACCUUACCCAUUCUCACAAAACACAACGUGAGACCAAUAAAGAAUCACCAGAACCUGAAAUACAAACUGGAGCUGAAUACAGUUGGUAUGACCCACUCAAGGAACAAAAGCUCGUUAUCAAACUUUAUCAUAUUCAAUAUAAAACUAAUGAUAUCAUUGGUCGAAUCAUCAAAAACAACACUGGUAAUGCUAAUAUUAACAGUAUUGGUGAUGUGGGCAAUGGUUUACAUUUUGGUUAUGGUAUAGGAGGCGAGAUGGAGAAGGUAUCGGUGAAAGUGAAAGGAGUGUUAUUGGUAGAUUUGGGGAAAGUAGAGAGUAUAAACAUGAGUGGAAUAUUUAACAUAAGGUUGGGUAAGAUGCGUUUAACAGCUAAGUUGAACGCACAGACGAGUGUGAUUAUGGGUCAGCGCGCCUUAAUAAUCACGUGCGGAAAGUUGAACAAGUUAAUUAAGAGGAACAAGAAGGUUCUUGACAUUUAUAAGCAGAUUAAAAUACCAAACGUCGAGAUUAAGUUCAAUCCAAGGCAAUACCUUCUUGAAAUGUUCAAGUACAACCUCAAACAUACACAAAAUCAGAGAGGAAUUAGAGUCUCCAACCGUAUAACCACAAAUACUUAUCCGUUAUCUGGGAGAGUGACCUCAAGGUCUACAUCUAGGACCAUUUCAAGGAUUGGCACAGGUCGUUUCGCCCCGUCUAAAUUGUCUACUCAGAUUAAACCGGAUCCAAAUACCGUUGUUGCACUCAACUCGGAUUCCAAAAGUAAUGCUCUUGGGCCUGAAUCUAAAACCAAUACGAUAGGAUCUGAAACUAAAAGUAUUAGAACAUUGUAUUUACAUAACAAAAGUACUGGAAGGAGUGGAUAUUCAACUAGGGGUUCUGGCCAGCGUCAUACGUAUCCACUGGCAAGUCCGAUUUACAACACAAACUAUCCACAAAAACAAGUUCUAAUUAACAUCAGCAAAGAUUACACCCUGAACGUGUCACUUAAUGGGUUUGGAUUAUGCAUAUGCUCAUAUUUACCCGAGGAAUUACUAUACCUCUCACUCGUCCUGGUCAAGUUCAGUACCUGCUUCCAAGACAAUGAAACUCGAAACCUAUUCUCAAUUGGAUGGCUCCAAUCAGACGUACAUGAUAUUGAUUCCUUCUACCCAACCAUGCUCAAACCCGUUCUAAACUAUUCCAUUUUCAAUAUAGGAAGUAUAAAUAGAAAGAAGGCGUCAUCGUAUGUACAUCAUAAUAUAAUAACGAAUAAUAACAAGGAAGUAAUAAGUAUUGUGAUGAACACAAAGAGUAACAAAUAUAUAAAGGAGAUAUCACUCUUGAGCAUAGACAUUCAGCCAAUAAAUAUAAACUUGGACACUCGAUUGAUAUUCUCUGCGCUUUUGCUGUUGGAUGAGUAUUUGUCGAUCUUUUCGCAGUCUGAGCGGAACAUGGAAUCGUUUUCUGGCCCCUUGGUGGGAAUCUUUAACUAUGAUAACAUGGAAUCAUUUGAUGAUGAUGUGUACAAAUUGAGCGAAGUGGUAAUGUCACAGUACGGCUCAGACUCCUCGAAAGGUUCACGUUAUAACAUUUCCCGAUUCCUGAUUGGCAAGAUUAUUAUGGUGAUUAACUUGCGGAGGUCAGACACGAUCUUGAUAGACGAACUUCCACCACUCAGCCCGAUGGUUCGAUACUUGGUGUACAUACUUAAGAGGACUCCACACAUCUCAGACGCACAUAUUGUUCUGAAUAAGGAGUCACUUAUGAGACUGUGCUGUACUCCAUACGUGCUCAUGUCCCACUUCACAACAAGAUACAUGACCCAAAUAAUUCACCAAAUUUACAAAGUGCUCUGGGCAGUAGAUCUCAUUGGGAACCCGAAACUCAUUUUCAACCACUGGUUCUCAGCACUGUAUCAAUCCUUGAUUGAUUUUAGAGAGGCUCUGAGGUUUAUUCACUUGCCGCCCGUGACCUUUUUGCUUCUGCUCAAAGGGGUCAGCCAGUUUGGAGUCACAUUCAUCUCAGGAAUUGUUGACGCCCUUUAUAGGCUCACUGGAAGCUGGUCCUUGAUACUCAAUACCAUGGCACUUAAUUCUGAUCGAUACGCAGUUUUCAUUCUCAAUCAAGUGUUUCCUAAAAACCUAUCACACCCAACGAACCUCAUUGAAGGGUUUUUCUUUGGAAGUAGUACCAUGGGAAGGAAUUUAUACAUAUCACUAGGUAUCUGCGUUUAUUCAAUUCUUGUCACACCCUUACCAAUUAAUUAUUUAAAUUUGAAUAAACUAUCUAAUUAUUUAUUUCAUGAUUAA